AUGGGCGACCUGUUAGAAUAUCUCACCAGCCACGAAGAAGCCUUUAAGAGUCGCAACCGACUCUCAUCUCUCUACUCUGACUUCUCGCAAAGCGCAACGAUCAACCCGGAUGGUUACCAAGCCAACAUUGUAGCAUGGAAGAAAGCUCUCUCGAAUGCUGCAGCGGCUGGCGCUGUUCCUUCCCAGGGUGCAGCGAAUGAUCUACUCAGCAUAAGUACAGGUGAGCAGCUCUCAAGAGCACUGGCAAGCAAGGAAUGGGGAAGACCAUUGGCGCUAGGAGCGGUUAUACAUGAAGCGGUUACAAAGAAAGAAAUGAUUCCGCUGAAAGACUUCCUAUCAGCAACAACGAGCAUCUAUCACAGGAGUUGGGCCUUGUCACCACGGCAGGCGAUAGCCUGGGGGCUACGGCAACUCGGCAUACUCGGUGAAGAAAGCAAUUCAGAACACAUAACCACAGGGAAACUCGUUAUAGUAGCCAACCUCGAGUCUGUCGCGACCGCCAUUCUCAAACAUAUUGAUUCUAAAUCCUCCAUCCAGCGUAUAUACUCCCAUGUUGGCUUCCUCUCCGAGUUCGGCAGCAUUAACUCAUCCACGCACUCACUUACGGCAUCUGACCUCGAAGUUCUCCUUACAUACCUCGCCCGCGACAAGCACGCCAUAACAUACAAUUCCACAACCAUAAAAUUUGCGGCGCCCUCGUCCUUCGUCAAUCCAGAGCCCAUAAGCCAACAAGACACAGUCAUCGCUUCCCUCCGCAGCCUUAUCGACUCUCUCAAUAACCAAAUAACCAUCCUUGGGUCCCGCAUCGCAUCCCUUGACUCUCAAGCCCGUGCUUCUGUUGCUUCAAAGUCACGCAAUACCGCUCUCACUGCGCUUCGCUCCAAGAAACUCGCCGAAGUUACCCUCGCCCGCCGUUCUGAUACGUUAGCCCAGCUUGAGCGAACAUAUAACUCGAUCGAAGCUGCAACAGAUAACGUGGAGAUUGUGCGGGUGAUGGAAGCAAGUGCUGGUGUAUUGCGACACUUGAAUAAAGCAGUUGGCGGGGCAAGCGGGGUGGAAGGCGUAGUGGACAGCUUGAGAGAGGAGAUCGAAAACGUAGAGGAGAUCAGUGGAAUGCUGAAUGAGGUUGGCGGGGCUGUGGUGGAUGAGGGUGAGGUGGAUGAAGAAUUCGAGGCGCUUGAACGGGCGGAGUGUGAGAAGAUUGAGAUCGCUCAACGAGCCGAGAGGGAGAGGCAAGAAGCUAUGGACGUAGAGAGAACAAGGAUCCGCAUGGACGAGCUGCAGAAUCUCGACAAAGCUCAGAAGGAUAAGGAGCAAUCAGCUUCGAAGGUGUCGAGUACACCAAGUGAUGAUAUAUUGCAGAAGGGUAUUGAGGGUAUGGAGCAAUUGUCCAUAUCGAGCGCGCCCGAGAAUAGAAUCUCAGAAGCUGACACGUUCAUUACAGCGAGGGUGAAAGAGAAGGAGCCUGCGCCUACCUCAUUAGCCCAGCACGAGAAUGCAUGA